CCAAAAGGAUCACCAUAGUUAUAUGUAAAAGAAUUGGAAAAUCAAUCCGCAUUCAUAUCGUUCAUAUGAUUAUGAAAUAGUCAAAAAAUAGCAUGGAAGAUUUUUAGUACAACAGACCGAUAUUCCCGAGUGCCAUUCAAGAUAUCAUAUAACAAUACUCGCGUAGAAAUAUUACAAAACACAUGUAAAUAUUUGUGGAGUGGCCGCCACUUUUGCCCUUUUGAGUCUGACAAGUUGGUAUGGAGGAACGAGACAGAAUUCGAUAUGAAACGUUAUUCUACUGUCAAAAAUUGGAUGAUGGCUAUUUGUCAGGCGACAAUGCAAGAGCUUUAUUUAUAAGAUCAAAACUUCCUCUUCUUGACCUUACAAGAAUAUGGAAACUGUCUGACAUCACUCGUGACAACAAGCUUGAUGUCUUUGAAUUUUCCCUUGCAAUGCAUUUUAUUGAAAUGAAAUUAAGUGGAAAAGAAAUCCCAAAACAAAAUAGUAUUGUGAAUGAUGAAAACAAGGAAGAGGUCUUAAUUCCAGAAACGACACAAGAAGACAGACAACGUAUAAAAGAUAUUUUUGACAAUGCAGACACAAUUAGUCAAGGUGCCCUUACAAUGAAUAUUGUGAAACCAAUGUUUUUGAAGUCUGGACUGCCAUCUUCAACUCUCUCAAGAAUAUGGAACAUUGCUGAUCUUGAUAGAGAUGGAAAACUGUGUUUGUUUGAGUUUACCAUUGCUGUACAUCUUCUGAAGAAUUGUGUCGAAGGCUUGAGUUUAAAUGGUCAUGUCAAUCCAUUUUCCUGUUUCUCAAAUGAGGACGAUACUGUUCGUGAGUACAAGGAAAAGCUCUCAAUAUUUGACAAGGAACUCCUACUGGAACAGAAAAAUAGUGAAGAUAAUCUAUUUCUCAACUCAAAUAAUUCUGCCAACAACACAAAUCUUGAGCUGCUGACUGGUUAUCUCUUCGAUGGAAAACACGUUCCUCCCCAACUUUCUCGAGAGCAAAACGACUGUAGUUUUGUGGAUGAAAACCGAAAUGAACCUCAUAAAAAAGAAGAAAAGAUAUUUGAUGAUUCACCAAAUUAUCAUUCCUACGUUGGAGAAAAACCACCUGUGAAUAGAAGCACAGAAACAGUUGAAAGUUGUAAAAUGGACAAAAGUAAUUUUCAUGUCGAUUUAGACAACAUAUUUGAAACAGUUAGCAGGGAGCAUAUGGACGAGAGUGAAGAAAAACCAAAGUUCAUUGCUCAACCUCCCACUGGUUAUGCAGAAGCUGAAGAUGAUGAAGAAGAGACUCCAGAUAUUUUGCCUUAUUUUCAAAGAAGAACAUAUUGUGGAAAAGACUUGAUAUUUGAAGAUCCCAUUGGUAGUGAACUGAUUGGUGACGUGGAAUUUGAGGUCGACUUUGAGUAUAUUAUAAACGAUAUACGAAAGGAAAUUGCCGACGAAGAACGAGGACUGCCGAUAGCUCGUGUUCUCCCAAUCUAUAAGACACCGCCAAUUUACGAUGAAUUCGAAAGGACAGUUGUUGACAAAGAUAAAAGAGAAAUAGAUUUGAAUUUUAAUGACGUGAAGAUAGAAGAUUUUAACGAACAAGAAAAACAUAAAGAGAUUCUUAUUAACACGGUCACGAAAGAUCCAGGUGGGCGUGGCAGAGGUGUCGUCCUUAAUGACGAAUCGAGGAGUGAUAAGGAUAAUAUAUUCGAAGACACUCGUGCAAAAAAUUUAAUGAACUUCAAUAAUAUUGGUGGUGGUGGCGAUGGUGCUGAGGACGACAUUGUGGAACAAAAGAGACUACUUUUACAAAAUCAGCAUGAAGAACGCAAGAAGCUCCGUGAAAAUCGACCGCAAGAUGAUGAAAGGAAUGAAAACUCGAGAAGUAGUACUCCAGUUGCAAGAAAUGCAGAACAAAAUUCUGUUAGCAGCAGUGCAUUUGUUAAAAAAGUCGAGAAAAGAGAAACAAAACCGCAAAAGGAUGUAAUCGAUGCCAAUUAUUCCACAGAACCAUUACGUAAGGAUGACUCUUCCGUAAACGAAAGAGAUAGGAAAGUCUCAGAUUCCAAACAAGAUAGAAAUAAAGUGGAGUCAAAUGAAACAUGUAAAGACAAAGUCACUGAUAUAAUGCAUUCAAAUGGAACGGAGUCUCGUAAUGAUAUCAACAACAAAGAGGAAAUUGACAAGGAAGAAGGAGAAAGACGCCGUGAAGCUGAGGAUAAAGAGCAACGUUUGCUUGAGAGGAUAAAAUAUUUGGAGAAGAAACGACAACAAUUGUAUGAAAAGAAACAACGCGAACUAAAUACAAAUCAUUUCACCUCAAAUGAAGAACAUCAAGUGUACGGAAACGUUGAAAAUAAACAAAGUAAUGAAGUUAACACAAAUGAACAUAGAUUAAUCAACAAGCACGCAGCAAGCUCUGCAUCCCAUGACCCUUGGUCGAAACAAGCGAAGAAACAAGAAAAAGAAAACGAGGAGGAGAAAAGAAGACUAGCUGAAGCUUUAGCGGCUAAAAGAAAAACUGAAGCCGAAUUAGAACGACAACGUGAGGAAAUAUUGCAAGCAGCGAAAGAACGAAGAUUAGAAGAAGAAGCAAAACAACGAGAAGAACAAGAAGCAGCAAAACAACGUAAGCAAACGUUUUUGGAAAACCUUAAAAGAUUAAAGGAGCGGGUCACUACAGAGGAAGAGGAUAAAGCUAAGGCAUUUAAAAGCCUCUCGAAACGUGAGGCAAGUGGUUCAGUUCAGACCACUGCUGGAAGAUUUAAUUCAAGCCUUGCUUCGUCUAACAAAUCGCAAUCGUUGCCUGGAUAUAACAAGUUGGAAGAAACGCAUUCUUCAAAUACUUCUCAGAAGAGUGCGUUGCUUCAAACCAACAGGUCGGGAUACAAAGGUGUUGUUGAGGCAAAUAAACAAACCUUGAACCAGGAUGAUUAUGCGGCUAUAAAGCAUGGCCGACAAAAUAGUGAAACGAACAAGGAAGACGAGAGAAAAGCAGAUGAAUUGCGACGAGAAAACUUCAAGUCAAAUCGAGAAUUGUUUAUGAGAAAAGUUCAAACAGAGCAACAGGUCCAGAAGCGGGAAAGUGUGAACAGAAACGCUCGACCUAAAUCACAUUAUGGUGGGAUGUUUAACAAACCUGUUCAUCAAAUUAUCGAUGAUUCCUUGCUUUCUCAGAAUGUUGACUCGUCAAGUGUCGGGGAUCUCGUGGAUGAGGAGUCGGUGAAACAGUUUCAACGAGAACAGGAAGUGAAGAAAGAACAUGAAAAUAUGAACAAACUUCGUUCAAGUCUCGAACGAGAAUCAAGUUACACUGUAGAAAAUGUCGAACAACUGUUUUCAGAAACUGAAACAGACAAUGAAAGUCGAAGUGGUAAUGACUGGGAUAAUUUGGAAAAGAAAAAGGUUAAGACAUCAUCUCAUCCGCAUCGUCGUUCUCUCGUGAACACGUUAAAAACUGAGUGGGAUUCUUUCAUAGAUGUUUUGGAGGAAGACAAGAGGCGAGAAUCUGAGACGGUCAGGUUAAGACAAGAAAUCAGUGCUCAGAAAAAAGUUAGCCAGGCACGAACACCAGUCACUGCACCAAUUACGACCUCUGCUGAUAUUGUGAGAAGUAAUAGUUCCAAAGACAUUUCGGAAGAAAAAGAAAUAUUUGCAAAACAAGCUGGGAAAGUUAAGAAGCUGAUCAAAUCUUACAAGCGAUUGUCUGUUCCGAGUUUUUUCAGCCAAGAUAACGCGUGGAGUAUUGAAAAAUCAGAAGAAGAGUCGACAACACUUAAAGUGAAUUCUCGAGCAGAAAAUUCGAUCACAUCGCACAGUCGCGAACUAGACGAUAAAAGGUUCGAUCAGAAAACUAUCAUUAAGGAUAAUGCACCCAAACGUAAAUCCGACCUGGCUCAUGCAUGGAAACAUGUUUCAAACCAACAAAACACUGGUUAAACAAUAUUAAAAUAUAUUCGACACUGGUGCAGUUAUAGUAGUCUAAAACAACAUAUAUAAAGCCUAGUUUCCAUUUGGUCUUUACCUCUCUCUUGUUUAAUUAAGUGAGUGAGUGCAAAUCUGAGUGCAAAUGUAAUGACACUCAUUUACGUUAUAGCGACAAGUAAUCAUCAAAUGAAAACAAGGCUUAGUGCACUCUGCGACUUAAGAACAGUCUUUAUAGGUUAAAAGUCGCAGUUUUUAUUGUCAGUCUAAUACCUUAAAAUAAAGCUCUACAAGGAUGUGAUGUUUGUAACAUCAUUGUCUAUUGGUUGUAGUUACGGACUUUAAACAAAAAAGAACCUUAAACAA